AUGUUGGCGGUGUAAGGAUUUAUUCGUAAUACUUCGUGAGUUACAGUGUUCUCAGUGUGUAUAUGAAACAGUUUUUGAAAUAAGAAAAUCAAUAAUAAUUAAUUAUCAAUGUAUUAUUAAUCAACAAAAUAGUGUUUAUUUAAUUUAAUUUUACCCGAAGUAGUUAAUCGUUAUCGUUAUUUUUAACCGUUAUCGUUAUUCGAGAUGGCGUUAUAACGUUACGUUUUUAGCUGGCAACAUCGGUGCUGCGCAUGUCAAGUACGUCGCGUCGAAAAAGAAAACAAGAACAAUGGAAAUCACCACCGGUCGAUUUUAGUUCGUAUUGAAUCAGUUUUUAAAUGUAAUCCGCGUGUGAAACGUCUGAAACAUGACGGGAACUAUAAUUGAGAACUUAAGUGGGCGUAAACUCGCCAUAUUAGUGAGUUUUCUUAUGAUAUGUCAGCUAACAUGUUUUCUCAUCGGUGGUUUGGUCGCACCCAUGCCUGCAAACGCGCAAACAAUACUUGCAACCGUGUGCCGCGAUACUUCUAUUAUGAAAAAUGACACGACGAAGUGGUACUACACCCGUGGGAAAGGAGCUUGCAAGAGCGUCAACCUUGGUGUACCGCAUUACGAUUUGUCGGAGACAGACAUUGUUUUCGCAUUCCAAAUGCCGGGCCCACGGGGGGGCAUGGUCUUGGACUACUCGCGGUGGCAGCAAAAUCUGAUUGGAGUUCUGCAAGUGGACAUUAAGUACCACCCUCAGGUCGACGUGCCCGCCCGAAGCGAUAUUACGAUCGACGCGCGCUUAGCUUACCGGAACAAAGGCGACCCAGAAGAUGUGUGGAAUUUCUACACAAAAUCAGUGGAGAAACGUAAUAUAGAUUGUGAUAUUGAUUUGAAAAGUGAAGAAUACUUAUACAACUGCUCGGCUAUCCCAUUGUUUGAACUUGGUUCUUUGUUCCACGACUACUAUCUACUCAAUAUAAGGCUCCCUGUUGACUCACCAACUAUGAAUGCACAAAUUGGUCAUAUACAAGACAUGUGGUUGACUGUGAUCAAUCAGAAUGGUGGGUUUACUAGAGUCUGGCUGUAUUUGAAGACAGCAUUUUUCCCUUGCAUCAUUGGUAUAUUGGUUUGGUUCUGGAGACGCAUCCACAUACUCCAACGGAAGCCUGUUUUACUGGAGAAAAUGCUUUUGAGCCUCGGUUUAGCUCUUUGUCUUUUAAACAUGCCAAUUGAGUAUUUCACUUUACAUUAUGAUCUGCCAUUUAUGUUGUUGUUGAGCGAUAUCCGUCAAGGUUUGUUCUAUGCCACCUUGUUUUCAUUCUGGCUUGUUUUUGCGGGAGAACAUAUGUUGAUUCAGGAUGCAUCGGCCCAAAGCUCAGUAAAACAGUACUGGAGACAUUUGAGUGCAGUAGCUCUAGGCUGUAUCUCUCUCUUUGUAUUUGACAUGUGUGAGAGGGGCGUACAGCUUCGUAACCCUUUCUACUCUAUCUGGGUGACAGAUCUUGGAACUAACUUAGCUUUGACAUUCAUCAUACUGGCCGGGAUAUCAGCUGGAGUAUAUUUCCUAUUCUUGUGCUACAUGAUCUGGCAAGUUUUCACAAACAUUUCCUACAAGAGACAGUCCCUGCCUACAAUGUGCUCUGUGCGUCGUCUCCACUAUGAAGGGAUCAUUUACCGCUUCAAGUUCCUCAUGUUAGCUACCCUGCUUUGUGCUGCACUUACUGUAAUUGGUUUCAUUCUCGGACAAGUUGCUGAAGGCCAGUGGAAAUGGGAUGACAAUAUUGAGCUGGAAUAUACUUCAGCAUUCUUCACUGGAGUGUAUGGAAUGUGGAACAUUUACAUCUUUGCAUUGUUGGUCUUGUAUGCCCCAAGCCACAAGCAAUGGCCAGUUGUUGAGAAUACUUCUGAUACACAGAACUUGAGCGAGGAAAUGGAAUUUAGCCCCUUACCUAGCGAGAGAGCCCGUAGUGAGAUUUCUUCUCUAACAUCCUUCAUUAGGAAGACUACUAUUGACUAAUCAUGCCAAUUAAGUAAUUCGAUAAAGUAGUUGUAAGUAACGUUUGCUCUUCCAUCUUUUUGAUCAAUUUAAGAUUCCAUAUGUUGGAAAUAAAACUUGGGCCAAUAUUGGCCGUAAACCGUCAAAAAUUCUUGCCUUUAUAUGGAUCCUUUGGCCCAAAUGUUUGCCCCAAUAUGAGAUUAGUCGAGCAAGACCUGAUUGCGUAACCGGCCGUUGAAAUCGCUUCUAAAAUACAACUUUACGAUAAUUAUAGUCGUAAAUCUUCAAAUUUGUACGUCUAGCGGUCGUAAAUACGAGUACAGGCUUAUCGUAGGCGUUAAUUAGAUAUAGUUCGACAGAAACUCUCAGUGUAGGCACUAGCCAUACAUGUCGACACAGCGUUUCGUCUCGCCGAACAAUAUUUUGUACUCAAAUAUGUAACCGGAAAUGUAGUCUGUAUUUAUUUAGUCUUAUCGCUCGUUCGUAGCCAUGACUUAGCGGAGCGAAGCAGUAACCAUUAGAUUUAAGAAUAUAUUUUAAAGACUUAAUGUUCUCACUAAUAGCUUUUAGAUAUUUUCUCUUAUACAAAAUGAUUUGAUUGAUUGAAGUGAUAUUUUUACGAUUGUGUUUUUGAAUAGAAUUAUUUAAUCAUGUAUUCUACUUCUCAGAAUCCUUAGGCAGCUAAGAUUAUAUCGAGUCAUUCUAAAAAUAUUUUUUACAUCGUAAAACAGGUAGAUUGACCUUGAUAUUUCCAGUUUCGUGUCGAGCUUCCAAAAAUGUAUUUUUGUUAGUGUGUAACCUUAUUCUGUGAUUUUUAUUUUGCAUUUUUAACUAAACAGUAUUGCUAGAUUAAAAUUAGUUUAUUAACGAUAUUGCCAGCUACUUAAUAAUUUAUGAAAUUAAUGUAAGUUUUAAUGUGAAAUUAAUUUUGUAAUCUGUAGUUAAUAUUUGUACCCGUAUAAUAAAAUUGUAUUAAAAAUA